AUGACGACUGAAAUCACCACAGUUCUCUUCAAGGGCUACAGCUCUGUGAGGAGAAAGCUCGGAUGUGUUCAGCUGGACUGGUGUCUUUCCCUGACCAAACUUUUGUGCUCUACUGCUAAAGAAGAUGAAAAGCGAAAAGCUGUUGUUAAACUGGGAGAUGAACUUGUUUCCAGAGGAUGGACGUAUGCAGGGCAAAUCUGCUAUGUGGUGGCACAAAUGGAGCUGGGAUCACGCAAAUCAUUUGAACUGAUUGGUUGUGAGGAGAAUAAAAAUCGUCCCGUCCCCAAGGACGUGUUGGAGAGAACUGAGGUGUAUGAGUACGUGUUGUCUCAGACCUCAGGGUUCGGACAGCCACACUUCCAGCUGUUCAAGUACACUUACGCCUUUAAGCUAGCCAAGGCUGGAGUUUCUGAUCAAGCACUUGACUACUGUGAAGGAACGGCUCGAAGCAUCUUCAGCAUGCCUCGGCACGUCGACAGCUUCCUCACUGAAAGGGUUAUAAAGCUCUCUAAUGAACUGCUUCAGGAGGAGGCAGAAAAAACAGAGUGGCUGCUAAAACUUUGCCGUCUGCUGAGAGUUGUGUGUACACCAUCUUCUGAAGGUUCUGGUGACCAGGAGCUGCCCAGAUCAGUUGAGGAGUUCCAGGAGGAGUUAGAUUCACGCUACACUGUUGGAGAGCUGUUGGGGAAAGGAGCAUUCGGUGCCGUCUACGCUGGCGUGUGUAAAGCAGAUGGGAGAUCAGUUGCUUUGAAAUACGUGACCAAAACUAUCAAAGAAUCAUUUCCUGGGACAAAGCCUCGUGAGGUGGAGUUACUGGAGAUGGUGUCCAAGCCUCCUCGCUGUGAGUAUGUGGUGGAGCUGCUGGAGUGGCUCGACGUGUCCACUUCUUUUAUCUUGGUUCUGGAGAGACCGAGUCCCUGCAUUGACCUCCGUGGAUUCCUUCAAAUGAACAAGAAUAAUCUUCUCUCUGAACACGAGGUUCGAGAGAUCAUGUGGCAGGUGCUUCUGGCUGCUAGUCACUGCACUGACCGCAACGUUUUUCAUGGAGACCUCCAGUCCAAGAACUUUCUGUUGAAUACAGACACGAUGAAGGUGAAGCUGAUAGACUUCGGAUGUGGGUAUUUGGUGUCAGAUUUCUACACGAGCGGUACAGGACAUAUUACUAGCCUCUGGAGUCUGGGUUUGCUCAUGGUGGAGUUGAUCUGUGGAACCAUUAACUUUGACUCUACAGAUCAGAUGAUUAACAGGUGUUCACAGCUUGUUUCUGCAGAGUGCAUCAAACUGUUAACAAUGUUCCUGAAAAAAAACACAAACGCUCCAACUUAUAAAGAAAUCAUGAGGCACAGUUGGUUUAAAAAGAGACACAGUCCAGUUUCUCAGGCUCCGCCUUCAAAACAAACAAAAUCCAGAAAAUAAAAAACAUAAAAACAAAAUGGUGUUUGAUCACGCUCCGCCCGCCUCACCCUGCCCCUGCCCACCUCACCCUGCCCCCGCCCACCUCGCCCUGCCGC